AUGCCUAGAGGUCAAAGGAGUAAGCAGCGUUCCCGUGGGAAACGCCGCAAUAUCCCGGUUGAAAAUGGCAGUCCGAUGGAUAAUGAGGCUACUCCAAUAGAGACAGAAGAGGAUCCUUCUGCUGCAUCUUCCCCUGUUGAGAAUCAAGCUGAGAGUGUUUCUAUUGAUGACAUACCAAGCUCUUCUGAGAUGCCAGAGGCAGCUGCAGCUGUUACCGAUACUGCUGAAGACAUUUCAAAUAACGAUGUCGAAGAAGGGGCCCAAAGCCAAGAAGAUAUGACUCCAGAUCUCUCAAGAAUCACUGAUAGCUGGCGCAGAGAUCCUUUAAACAGAAUGGUGGUUUUGCUGGUGCAGUUUCUGAUCGACAAGUACCAAAACAAAGAAACGAUCAUGAAGUCCGAGAUGCUCAAGCUUGUUAUCAAAAAGCAUAAGCCUCAGUUCAAUGAAAUCCUCAAGAGAGCCUCAGAGCACAUGGAGCUGGCUUUUGGUGUCGAUUUGAAGGAAGUGGAUCCCGUGAGGCACUGCUACACGCUUGUCAACAAGUUAGAUCAUUCCAUUGAUGGGCCAAUGAGUGAAGAAGACAACAUACCCAAGACGGGACUCCUAAUGAUUGUGCUUGGUCUGAUCUUCAUGAAUGAGAAUUAUGCCCCAGAAGAAGAGGUCUGGGAAGUGCUGAAUCUGAUGGGUGUAUAUGCUAACAGAAGACACUUCAUCUAUGGGAACCCCAAAAAAGUUAUCACUCAAGAUCUAGUGGAGCUGCAAUACCUGAAGUACCAGCAGGUACCCAAUAGUGAUCCUCCACGGUAUGAAUUCACUUGGGGUCCGAGAUCCCUAGCUGAAGUCAGCAAAAUGAAAAUCCUGGAGUUUUUGGCUAAGAUCCACGAUUCUAGUCCCAGCGCCUUCCCAUACUGGUAUGAAGAAGCUUUGAAAGAUGAGGAAGAAAGAGCUCAAGCUAGAAUUGCAGCCAGGGCUCGCAACACUGCUGUGAUGCCAAGAGCAGAUUCCAAAGCCUCUUCUAGCAGUUUCUCCCAGACUAAAUAA